AUGGUACAACAAGUAUUCCUGCCCAAUGGGCAGAUCUAUACCGUGACGCCAGUUUUUGGAGGUUUUACCUUCAAAUCAACCCACCUCGACCUCCAUCAUUCCCCGAUACCCCCAGGAUGGACUGUAAUGGUACAAACGGAAGAUGUGGUGGACGACGACGAUGCGAGGAAGAGCAGGUCAUCAGUGAACCCAGAGAGGAACGUGUCCAAUAACACACAUGAAAAGCAAGUUGUGGUCCACAGAUUCAUGCAACCUACCGCCCAGCGGGAUUCGCUUUUUAUCUCCUCUAUCUCAAUGCCCUCGAGUUCAGACUUCAGAAAUACAGCAUCUCCGACAAGGCACAUCGCCAUGAUUCUAUGGGCCACUCUCUGCUGGUAUUUCCAUAAAGAGCCUCCCAAUCUGCACACGACAACAGAAGCAAGUGCUCUUACUCCAGAGAGCGGGAGACCAAAGCUUGACUGGCGUAUCAAAAUCAGGAAAGAAGGCAUAUUCAAGGGCAAAAACACUCUCCAGAAACUUGAGCGGAUGGGGCUUAUCGCGAGUGAAGAAUCCUGUGUAGGCUCGGAAAUGGAUUUUCGACAGGCGGACGGCUGGGCCGACACUUUCGUGAGCCGAAAGUCCUUCUGGCAGAUUGAUGCGAGGAUAUUUCUAUAUACCAUGGCACCCCAGCAGCACUCACCAUUUCCGGGGACAUCUCCUCACUCGUCCCGUCCGGCCUCGCCGGACCGGACAGCUCUUCCUGACCGUGGGUCUCCGCGAACGACAGAUUACAUGCUGCCUCCUCCGCAGCCGGGCUUGGUGGAUGGUAUAUCUGCAGGGAUUGCUUCGCCGGGUGGUCCGUUCAACUCAGGCAGUCAUCUACCAACGUUUUAUCCUCCUCCGCCACUACAAUUCACCUUCACGAACCACAUCCGGCAUCCUAUACGCCCCAAACCCCCUCGGCAAGGGGAAACGUUCUAUAGCCGCUACAUUCCAAGCCUGGGACAAUGGCUGUCCUUCCGAGUACCUACCCUGUCGUCCAAACCGUGUCCUCAUCCUCAUUUCUCGCCGCUCGGUCCGUCUUUACCCUCCGUCAUGAGUAGUCAUGGAGGAAGUAUCUCCCUGCCAACAUUGCCUACUCUGGCCAACUUUGGAGACCGGUCAUGCGACCUGGAUCUGCUGCAUAAAUGGAUGAACGAGCCGAGAGUGAAUGCAGCUUGGUCAUGUGCCGGACCAAAAGAAAGCCAGAAGAAAUUUUUGAUCGAAGGGCUAGAAAGCCGUCACUCCUUUCCCGUUUUUGGCUGCUGGGAUGGUAAACCAUUUGGAUAUUUUGAAAUUUAUUGGGUCAAAGAAGAUAAACUAGGCCGUCUGCUUGGUGGUGACGUUGGCAAUUAUACUCGAGGAUUACACGUCUUAGUCGGCGAACAAGAGUUCAGAGGUCCUCAUCGAGUCAAGGUCUGGUUGUCAGCGUUGGUACACUACUGCUGGCUUGCAGACCAGAGGACCGAGACCGUCAUGUUGGAGCCGAGGGUCGACAAUGCCAAAUUUAUCAACUACUUAAAGGAAGCGGGUUUUUACAAGCAAGGAGAAGUUUCAUUUCCACACAAACAAUCUGCUGUCAUGAAAAUCGACCGAGAGUCUUGGGAGGCACCAGAUUUAUGA